UCGCGCAAGCGCGCGCUAGGCAAAGCGUUUGGCGGGUUUUUCCUGGCUGUAGCAUUCGGAAGCAAGUUUUCUCUCCGGAUCGAGACCUCUCGAGGGUUGUUGAAGUAUUUCUCUGUGACCUGGUGGUUGGGGUCGUCUGAGGGCUUAGGCCAGGUGGUCUUGUGACCGGUCCCUGUCACCUUCCCACAAAGUGAAAGAAUAAGCCUCUGCCGGGCAGAUUUGAGCUGAAGUCGGAGCCCUGCGGCAGGCUCCCGGCAUGGCCGUGUCCACCCAGCAGCUGGCGGAGGAGCUACAGAUCUUCGGCCUGGACUGCGAGGACUCCCUGCUGGAGAAAUUGGCAGAGCUGUGUACUCUGUACCGACAGACUGAGGAGAGGAUGGUGAGCGAGCUGAUCGCCUUCUGCACCAGCGCAGGGAAAUCGUGCCUCACUGGAGAGAUCCUCAGUUCCUUUGAGCACGAGGUUCUGAACAAAAAGCUCUCCAAAGCCUGUCACAGUGCCUCCAAAGACAACAGGCACGCAGGAGCCAGAGAUAUUGUCUCCAUACAAGAGCUAAUUGAAGCAGAGGAGGAAGAGGAGACCCUUCUGAGCGCUUACACCACACCCUCUAAGGGUCCUCACAAGCGAGUUAGCAGCACCCCAGAAACCCCCCUAACCAAAAGGAGUAUCUCUACUCGCAGCCCACACCAGCUUCUCUCCCCAUCGAGUUUCUCCCCAAGUGCUACCCCUUCCCAGAAAUACAGCUCCAGAACCAACCGGGGAGAAGUGGUCACCACCUUUGGCUCAGCACAGGGCGUGUCUUGGUCCGGGAGAGGAGGCUCUGGAAGCAUCAGUCUGAAGGUCAUGGGGUACCCAGAACCACUCACCAGCAGCUAUAAAACUAUGUUUCAGCAGCUCCCGGAUAUUCGGGAAGUUCUGACCUGUAAGAUAGAGGAGCUUGGCAGCGAGCUGAAGGAACAUUACAAGAUCGAGGCGUUUACCCCUCUGCUAGUCCCAGCACAGGAACCUGUCAUCCUGCUGGGUCAGAUUGGCUGUGACAGCAACGGGAGGCUAAACAGCAAGUCAGUGAUCCUCGAGGGAGACCGGGAGCACUCCUCUGGCGCUCAGAUUCCAGUGGACAUGUCCGAACUCAAAGACUACUCUCUGUUUCCUGGGCAGGUUGUAAUUAUGGAAGGAUUCAACACCACUGGCAGGAGACUUACUGCCACCAAACUCUAUGAGGGUGUGCCACUUCCGUUCUAUCAGCCCACUGAAGAGGAGGGAGAUUUUGAGCAGACUAUGGUGUUAGUUGCCUGUGGGCCUUAUACCACCUCUGACAGCAUCACAUACGACCCCCUGCUUGAUCUGAUCAGCACCAUCAACCAUGACCGGCCAGAUGUCUGCAUCCUGUUCGGCCCUUUCCUGGAUGCUAAGCAUGAACAAGUGGAGAACUGUAAGUUGACAAGCCCAUUCGAAGACAUUUUCAAGCAGUGCCUGAGAACAGUUAUCGAAGGAACGAGAAGCGGCCGCCUCUGCCAAGGAUGACAAGGAAAUCAAAGAAAUGGGUUUCCCUUUUCUCUCUUGUGUGGUUAUGGAAACUGCUGGCCCUGGGAGCCUCAGCUUUUUCUCUGCCCCAUGUCGUAACCCUAGAGACUUUCCUGUCCCCAUCAAAGGAGCAGCUGCCUGUGCUGCCGCUGUGCAGGAUUUCUUUAGCGUCAGUUUGCUGAGCACAAACGGCAUUUCCUGACGCCAGUGGGGAGGUGCCUGGCCCUCUGACAGUGUCUGUCUUCAGUGUCCAGCAGACCUGGCUUAGCUCUUUGUUGAUGGAAAGGUUUGGGUUGAUCUUCAAGGUGUGAGGGCGGCAGCCUCAGGAUCUAACCAGUUUGCCUCGCUCUUCCCUGCCCUUACUUGUAUGGCCCCAGCCAUGUGUCGGAGCCCGCAAGCUACCAGUGCCCUGGGGAGUGAGGUCAGACCUUAGCUCUAGUUCCAGUCCUGAGGCUCCCCCUCACGUAGGAUCUCACUCCAGAGCUCAGGCUAGCCCCAAACUCUUAACAGCCCUCUUGCCUCCCGGGGCCCAGGAUUCCGUGCGUGUACCUUCCGUGCCCAGCUCUAGGUCACAGCUGUUCCCCUUUUCCCACCAGACAACAGUUCCCCCUGUAAUGGUGUCACAAGAUCAAGACACGGUGUGUCCUAGCUGUACGCACCAGCUCCAGAUAGAUAAGUGUCUGUGCCGGGAGGCUGCCUUCCCUUCACAGGGUCUUGGGAGAUAGGGUCUGGUCAGCGUGCAGUACCAUCAAGUCUCCCUGGGGGACUGCCAGGUAAGGGACACACCUGUGGCCCAGGUCUGCUGACUCAGUUCUGGGCCCUCUUGUGCUCUGUUUUGACC